AUGUGUUCCCACUCAGAGGAUGAUCUCUCCUGCUCUGUCUGUCAUGACAUCUUUAAGGAUCCUGUAGUUCUGACAUGCAGCCACAGCUUCUGUAACGACUGUCUGAAGAACUGGUGGAGAGAGAAAAAAACACAGAAGUGUCCUCUUUGUAAUAGGAGAUCAUCAAGGAGGGAUCCACCUCGGUCUGAGCCUCUCUGCAGUGAGCACUCUGAGAAAUUCAAACUCUUCUGUCUGGACCAUCAGCAGCCAGUUUGUGUCGUCUGCAGAGAUUCAAAAACACACAACAACCACAAAUUCAGACCCAUCAAUGAAGCUGCACAGGAUUACCGAGAAGAGCUCCAGAAAUCCCUGAAGCCCUUACAGGACAAACUGAAGGUCUUUGAAGAAGUUAAAGGAAACUGUGAUCAAACAGCAGAAUACAUUGAGGUCCAGGCCAGAGACACAGAGAAGGAGAUUAAGGAGCAGUUUAAAACAUUGCACCAGUUUCUACAAGAGGAAGAGGAGGCCAGGAUCUCUGCUCUGAGGAAUGAAAAGGAGAAGAAGCGUCAGGUGAUGAGGGAGAAGACUGAGGGUCUGAGCAGAGAGAUAGCAGUUCUUUCAGACACAAUCAGAGCCACAGAGGAGGAACUGAGAGCUGAAGACAUCUCAUUCCUGCAGAACUACAAGGCUGCUGUAGAAAGAGUUCAGCAGCGCUCCCUGCUGGAUGAUCCAGAGCUGGUCUCAGGAGCUCUGAUAAACGUGGCCAAACACCUGGGAAACCUGAUCUUCAACAUCUGCAACAAGGUGAGGAAAAUUGUCUCAUUCACUCCUGUGAUUCUGGAUCCAAACACUGCUCAUCCAGAACUCAUCCUGGGCUUUAAAUCAGGCUGGAAUGUUGAGGUUGGAGACAAUGCAGACUGGUUCAUAGUGAAGAAGAAGCUCCAGAGGAUCAAAGUUCAACUGGACUACGGUGGAGAACUGUCAUUCUCUGAUCCUGAUACUAACACACACAUACACACCUUCACAGGGAUUUUUACCGACAAGUUGUUUCCACUCAUUGCUUUACUCAGAGUGAAAAUGUCUUCUAAAUUGGGGGAUGAGCUUGAUGAAGCUGCACAGGAUCAUAAAGAGGAGCUCCAGAAAUCUCUGAAGCACUUACAGGACAAACUGAAGCUCUUUGAAGGAGUUAAAGGAAACUGUGAUCAAACAGCAAAACACAUUAAGGUACAGGCCAGACACACAGAGAGGCAGAUUAAGGAGCAGUUUAAGAAGCUUCACCAGUUUCUACAAGAGGAAGAGGAGGCCAGGAUCUCUGCUCUGAGGGAGGAAAUGAAGGAGAUGGUCUCCUACACUCCUGUGAUUCUAGAUCCAAACACUGCCAACCCAGACCUCAUCCUGUCUGAGGAUCUGACCAGUGUGAGAUGUGGAGAGAGACAGACGCUUCCUGAAAACCCAGAGAGGUUUGAUGACCUUUCCUUUGUCCAGGGCUCUGAGGGCUUUAACUCAGGGACUCAAAGCUGGGAUGUUGAGGUUGGAGACAAUACAGUCUGGAGCCUGGGUGUGGUAGGUGACUCUGAAAUUUGGGUGAUUGGUUUUUGUGAUGGUGAAUGUAAAGCAAUCUGUGGAUCAGAUGUAGAAGUUGUUCUCCAAAUGAAAAAGAAGCUGCACAGGAUCAGAGUUUAUCUGGACUAUGAUGGAGGAAAACUGUCAUUCUCUGAUCCUGAUACUAACAAACCCAUACACACCUUCAAAGAGACUUUCACUGAGAAGUUAUUUCCAUGUAUUUGUAGUGAGGAUGUACUGCCAAUUAGGAUUUUACCAGUGGAGGAUGAUGACGACGACGAUGACAACAGUGAUAGUGGAGAUGAUGAUGAUUAG